AUGUUUCGUGGGCGGGUCAGCCGUGCAGCGAAGGUCUUUGCUGAAGCGGCCCAGAAUGCGGCACAGGUGGGAUCCCAGAAUGCUGAGCGGCGCAUGACCACCUGGGGAAGGCUUUCGAGCACAGUUGGUGCCGAUGGCUUUCCGUGGGUAAACGCGCGCUAUCUCGGCGAGCAGUACGAGCAGCUUCCGAUGCCGACCGAAGAUAAUGCCAUCGGCAAGCCCUCGGAGUGUCAUUGGCGCUCCGAAUGGUCUGCAGCCGAACUACGGGAAGCUGCUGACGAACACGUGAUGCUCUCCUGGACAGCGAGCAAUCCGGUGAAGGCCUUGCCAGUGAUUGAGCGUGGUGAGGGAGUUUACCUCUACGAUACGAACGGCAAGAAGUACUUGGACUGGACGAGCCAGGCAGUUUGUGUGAAUCUGGGACACACGGUUCCUGAAGUAAUCAAGCAAGGGAUCAACGAGCAACUGGACUCGCUGCCUUACGUGUACGGCGGCCUCGGGUUGGCUCCAGUCAGGGCGAAGCUUGCGAAGCUCUUGGCUGAGAUUUGCCCUGGAGACCUGACAGGCUUCCUCUUCCCCAGUGGCGGAGGCGAGGCAAACGAGGCUGCUAUCCGCCUCGCACGCCUGUACACGGGCAAGCACAAGAUCUUCACGCAGUACAGGUCCUACCACGGAGCCUCUGCCUCCUCCUUGGGCGCCACGGGCGACUUCCGCCGGAAAUUCGCGGAGAGUGGGCAGAACGGCUUCGUGAAGUUCUUCAACCCACAGCCGAACGGCUUCAGCUGGGGCACCACAGACUACUCGGCAACACAGCGAACUCUGGCCUGCCUCGAGGACCAAAUCUUGGCUGAAGGGCCAGAGACCAUUGCUGCCGUCCUCGUUGAGAGCAUCGUGGGUGCUGGUGGUGUCCUGGUCCCACCCGAGGGAUACAUGGAGGGCCUCCGGGCUCUCUGUGACAAGUACAACAUCCUGCUCAUUAGCGACGAGGUCAUGGUGGGCUUCGGCCGCACGGGCCACUUCUUCGGCUUCCAACACUUCGAAGGUGUCGUGCCGGACAUCGUGACGUCCGCCAAGGGCCUCACCGCCUCCUUCAUGCCGCUGUCCAUGGUCGGAGUCCGACAGAAGAUCAAGGAGUACUUCAUGACGCACCCCGUUGGCUGGGGCUCCACCUUCCACGCCCAUCCUGUAGCUCUGGCUUGCGCCUACGAGACUGUGAAGUAUGUGCUGAAGGAGAACGUGCUUGACAAUGUGAGGAACCUGGAGCCUGUCAUGCUGGAGGAGCUCCAGAAACUGACGCUGAAGCAUGCCUCCGUGCGCCAGGCCCGGGCGGUGGGCCUUUUCGGUUGCUUGGACCUGCAAACCCCCAUCGGACAGGCCGUCCAGCGCUUGGGCGAGCCUUCUCCGCCGGCAGUGCAACACCUACGAAAGGCGAUGUUUGACAAUGGCCUCUUCUCUCUCUUCCG